AUGUCGGAAAAAGAUAAAGCUAAAGUAAAUGCACAAAUGAAACACCUUCCCAAAGAUGCCCAAGUUAUCAUGUCUAUCAUGAAAGAGGUUGGUAUCACAGAAUAUGAACCCAGAGUUGUAAAUCAACUCCUAGAAUUCACAUAUCGAUAUGUAACUUCAGUUUUGGACGACGCAAGAGUUUUUGCUAAUCAUUCAAAAAAGAAAACUAUUGACUUAGAUGAUGUUAGAUUGGCGGUUCAGAUGCAGUUGGAUAAGUCAUUUACAAGUCCACCUCCCAGAGAAGUCUUACUGGAGCUUGCUAGAGUCAAAAAUGUGAAUCCAUUGCCACUAAUAAAACCACACUGUGGCCUGCGGCUUCCCCCAGAUCGCUACUGUUUAUCAUCAUGCAAUUACCGAUUAAAACAAGUAACAAAGAAAGUUAUAGCAAAACCAUCGGUACCAACAACACCUACCAUUAAAACAGUAACAAGUUCGAAACCUGGUGGCCAGAAUGUUGUUGUGAAGAGGCCUCCUGGAGCUAUUGUAAAUGUUUCAUCUAAACAUAAUGUAGCUCCUAAGCCAGUUUUUAAAUUCACUUCUAAUAGUAAGGUGGUAGCAAAACCAGCAGUAAGAGUGACUGCAGGACCUUCUUCUCAAGGUCCUGUAAAGAUGGAGUUAGAUGAAGUUUCACAGAAAAGGAAACGUGAUGAUGAUGAUUAUGAUAUG